AUGUUCCUCCUUCGGGCUGAAGGCAAGGCCUGGUGGCAGCUACUGAUGGCCUUUUGCUGGUGUCUUAGGUUGGAGGUCAGCGCCAGCUUUCUGGCUGAUGAUGCCCUCCUCCAGGAGUGUAACGGCCUGGACAUCCUCUUGGCUGUGAAGAAGUUGCCCUCGCUGGAUGACCGAUACUUGCAUCUGGGCAGCUGCGCCCCUUCCCGAGCCAUCACCAGGCCUGGCUAUGUCGUCUUUGCUGGCCCCUUGAAGGCUUGUGGCUUCUCCCAGCUGACUUCUGGGAGAAUGGUAGAGUUCUUUGCUGACCUGGUCUACAGCCCCCCACCCUGGCUCUCAGCACAGCCCUACCUUGAGGCUUUCAGUCAUAGAGUGAAUUGUACCUACACUGGGCUAGAGGCCCCAACCCCUUCCCAGGUCUCUUCUGUGACUGGAUCCUUGUCUGGCAUGGGGCACCUGGACUUCUCAGUGAGACUCUGGCCUGGAAACUUGGGUAAUUCCACCACCGUUACCCUGGGCUCUGAGCUCCAGGUUGAGUUCUCAGUCACCAGUGAUUUCCAGCAGCCCCUGCAGCUCUACGUGGAUACCUGUGUGGCCUACCCUGGACCAGCGCAGAACCAGCCCGGCUUGCGUUACAACGUUAUUGAGAACUAUGGGUGUUUUGUGGACAGCAGGGAAGCCAGAUCCCGGUUCCUGCCCCGGGCAGCCCCUGAGACUUUGCUGCUUUCCCUGCAGGCUUUCCGAUUCACCGAGCUAGACUCAGAUGUCCAUCUUCAUUGCCACCUGCUGGUAGGGGACCCCAAAGUCCCCUCUGACAGCAUGAAGAAGGCCUGUUCCUUCGACAGAGAAACAAACAGGUGGGUGCUUCUGGAUGACCCCUCGAUGAGCAGCAUAUGCCACUGCUGUGAGACCCGCUGCCUGCCCAACCAGCCCCUGCAUAGGAGGGAUCUGGCAGGAGGGCCCCUAGACCUCCUGCUGCUGAUCCUGGGCUCACUGCUUUUGACGGUGAUGUUGCUUGCCAUCCUGGCCACAGCCUUCUGUUUCCGCACCAGAGUUCAGCAAAAGUCUCAGACCUGGGCCCGCUGGGCAUCUCCCACGGGGAACUCUGCAUCCUCUGCCCCGCAGAAUGCCUGA